AGAAGGCAAGCCACCAAAGUAGUAUAUAAACGCAAAAACAAUCCACGCAAAUUUUCAUACAUUUUGAUCGAAACAGAGCUAAAAAAAAAGAAGCCGAAGCGGCAAGGCCGGCAGCAACAGGAGUUGAAAAAAAGAGCAACACGAUGUCUUCCGCCGUAGCAAUAGCCGCGAAUUCGCCGGUUUUCACGUUAUCACCUAGGCCCAGAAUAUCGCCGAUCUUCUGUAAACCAUCCACGUCACUGUCUCCGUCGCCUUUGUCUCCUUCUCCGUCGUCAUCGCCUCUGUCUCCGUUCACCACUCUCAGACUUCAGAAACAAGCAAGUCUCCUUUCUAACUUCAGUAAUAGUCUUAGAUACGAAAGUAACUGUCAGGAUCGGAAUGAUCCGAUCGAGUGUUCCACGUCAUCGCCGUCGACGUCGACGGCUACGUUGUUGAAGAGGAAGCGGCCGGCGAGAAUUAACGUUCCCAUUUCUCCCGUUGCAUUUACUGAUUCUGGAAAUCAAAGUCCCCAAGAUUGUGAGAGCCUAAAUGAUGUGGAUGAUGUAGGGGAGGGAUAUGCUGUCUAUUGUAAAAGAGGGAAAAAGCGUGGUGCCAUGGAGGAUAGACAUGCUGCCAUUGUUGGCCUCUUGGGAGACUCAAAGAAGGCUAUUUUCAGUGUGUUUGAUGGACAUGGAGGAGCAAAAGCUGCAGAAUUUGCAGCUAGGAAUUUGAAUGACAACAUUGUAAAUAAACUGAGCAACAGAAAUGAUGCUAGCAUUGUAGAAGCAGUUGAAGAGGGAUAUCUUACAACAGAUGCGGAGUGUAUGAAGGAAGUAAUUAACGGAGGGGCUUGCUCUGUCACUGCAUUGAUACACGAAGGCAAUCUUGUGAUAUCAAAUGCGGGUGAUUGUCGGGCAGUUAUAAGCCGCAGUGGAGUUGCUGAGGCAUUAACAGUUGAUCACAGGCCCUCGAGACAGGAUGAAAAGGAUAGGAUUGAGGCCAUGGGUGGCUAUGUGGAUUGUUGCCAUGGUGUUUGGAGAAUACAAGGAUCUCUAGCUGUCUCGAGAGCCAUUGGAGACUCUCAUCUUAAGCAGUGGGUGAUAGCAAAACCAGAUACUAAAAUAUCAAAGAUUGAAGCAGACAGCGAAUUUCUAAUCUUGGCCACUGAUGGUCUCUGGGAUAAGGUACAUAAAUCAUCAAAAUGUUCCAUCUAGUACUUCCUUUUUCAAUGGCCGAUAGUAGAUUUGGUAUAUAGUGGUGCUGAAAUUUCUUUCUUUAUGGAUUUUAGGUUAGUAAUCAAGAAGCAGUAGAUGUAGUCCGCCGUCUAUGCUUAAAUGUAGACGAGUCAGAUCGAUCCACUGCAUGCAGAAAGCUUGUUGAAUUGUCAAUAGAGAGAGGUUCUACAGAUGAUAUUAGUGUGAUGGUGAUUCAAUUAGGUCACUUUAUCCCAUUAACAAUCAUUCAAGAUGCAGAAGUUGUUUGAGCGAUGGAUGUACUGGAGACUGGAGUGCUGGAUCUGAAUGUCGAUCUAUUAUGCUUCUCCUUCAAUCAUUCAUAGCGAAGCAGAAGAGUAGAUUCUGUUUAAGGUGCUUACAGUGAACAGACAACAAUGUCUGCAGCAGUUUGACGCUCUUAUAUUAGAUACAACAGCAUUCCUUUCUGUAGAUUAUCCUUUUGACAUCAAGGAUAGUUGGUGACAAAAGGGGUAUUCAAUUGUAAAUACAAAAUAACUGACUUCCCUAAUGUAGCGCAUCAGCUAAAGAAAUACUCUAUUAGAGUAACAUAGCACCCUGCGGUCUCCCUCCAUGGCAAGCAGAUAGAUAUGCUUACAGUAAUGGUAAAUUUCAACUUUUCGUUCCUUGUUUCUUCUGCCUACUGUGUAUGUUUACACUUUCAGUGUUGCAAAUAUUGAGGGUGUUUCCCCUUAAAAUGAAGAUGAGUCGGAAUAAUUCUUCAGUUCCCCUUUAGAUGAAUCGAGAAUUCCUGGCUCCACUUUUUCUUUUUUCCUUCCAAAAAGACAAACAUACUCGAUUCUAUUAAAGUUUGAAAGCAUUGCAGUGGAUCAUUGAAGAAAAAGACACUCGACAGACAAUUGUUCACGAGGAAAAAGACAAUGUACGUGAUCAUUGACAGACUAGUGAAAAUUAUUCAUUUAUAAAGGCCAUGUAGUUGAAUUCAUUGCCAAUCAGGCUACGCUAGCAUUUAGAAUUUAGACCUUGAUCCAAGAGGAAUUUGUAUUUUUUGUGCCAUACAUUAGAGAGUAGAAGGCUGCUGUCAUAGAAAAGUGAUGAAAAUUGUGUAAAAAUAUGAAUCGCGCAAUCCAGAUUUUUUUUUAAAAAAAGCUAAUAA